AUGCCUCGCGCGACUCGAGAAACCAAACUGUACAGACAGGAUGCGAAACUCAACCACAAUUUGUUGACACCGGCCGAGCGCGAGAGGCUGAUAGAGCCAUAUCUUCCAUCUCCGCCUUCGCGAUCUCCUACACGAUCUGGCAGAAGCUCAGCCAUUCCAACAAUUCACAUCGACAACCCGAAGGCGCAUUCGAGGCUCGGGCUACGGAAGUUUCUGCGCAAUCAACUGCACGCCCUUCUCUAUGCCAUCGUCCACACUCUCUUCUCCGUGUACGUACGCUUACGGCUGGGAUACCAUGCCGUGAAGGACAGAAUAUUCGCCAUUCUGUACUAUCACCAUCGAACGCCCGAGCUUAUUCAAAAGGAUGUCAAGGGAUUGGGCCGCUUACCUACACACCUAAGUGUGAUUCUGAAGCUCGAAGAUGGAGGUCGUGGUGGCGCCGGGCUAGAGGCCCUGGUGGACGAAGUCGCCGAAAUAUCUGCGUGGUGUGCAUGCGUGGGCAUUCCGAUGCUUUCUAUAUACGAGAAAACUGGUAUCCUCAAGGCGUACGUUCCUGCGACCCAUAGGGCGGUUUCCAGGAAGCUCUCCUCAUACUUCGGGCCCCAGCAAACGGUAUUGUCGAUGCGAGCACCUCACAUACCCUCCAUAGAAUCAGCUCCCAGUACCUCGACAGGCGAAAACGCCAGAGCACCAGUCAAAAAUUUAUCAGUGCUGCUGCUUUCCGCAGAGGAUGGCCGCGACUCUCUAGUCGAUCUCACCAAGACUCUCGCGGAGAUGUCUCAACAUUCAAAGAUAUCCUCAAACGAUAUCAACAUCGACCUCGUCGACGCAGAGAUCUCGGAAAGUGUCAUGAACGAGCCUGAGCUCCUGAUAUUGUUUGGACCUACAGUUGAGCUUUCAGGCUAUCCACCGUGGCAGAUAAGACUCACGGAGAUCUUCCAUGUACAAGACAAUCACGGCGUUGGAUAUCAAGUCUUUUUGCGGGCGUUGUACAACUAUGCUAAUGCUCAGAUGAGGUUUGGCAGAUAG